AUUCAAUUAGCAAACUCUCUGCCAAUCGCAAACAAUUGGCCACGCCGGAGCUAUUCCACUCCGCCGCCGACAUUCGGCUAUUGGAUUGGAUACUUCCUUCGUUAUUGAGGAUUUCUUCAGAUCUCUUCUGAUUUUCAAUUAACAUCAUUUUCAUGAAAAGAAAAUAAAUUUAUCUCCCACCGACCAAUUGCGUUCUGCAUUUUAGUUCACAAAUUUCCUCCGACUUUUUAUCUUGCUUUUAGUUUCAAUUAUUGAUCAAUUGAAGCUUUCUUUGCAUAAACAAUAAUUUAUUCAUACUUUAUUUCCACGUUUUAUUGUGAUUUAUCCAGUUAGUUGAGCUCGAUUAAGAAAUUAGAUCCAAAUCAGAUGUGGCUGGCUGAAUUUUGCCUCGGUUUGCUGCUUUUUGAGCUGGAAUUUGUUAGGAAAUAUGCUCAAAUUGACUAAUAUUUCUUGUUUUGUGAUGAUGAAUUCUGAUAAUCUAAAUUAUAAUCACCGGCAGCGACGAAUUCAUGAAAUUUGAUGCUCACUAUUUCCUGAGUUUUGUUUGAGUUAUUAAUUAUAUCUUUUAGAAUAAGUGUAUGCAUAAACAUUAAUUAAUUAUUUCAUAUCUUCCACGUUUUUUGUUUGCUUCAUCUAGUCUACUUGAAUUUGAUUAAGAAAUCCGCAAUUUGUUUUAAAUUAUAUGCACAGCUUGUACAAGUUGACUACAAAGAUGCACAGCUUUUUAUAACUUACUUAAUUUGUGAAUCCAUAGGCUAGUUUAGUGUUUUAUAUCUGCACACAAAUUUAUCCUUUGUUUUGUGACAUUAUUGAUCUCAGUUUGACAUGCUUAGAACAGCUUUGCAAGAUCGAUCCUGCACUCUGAUGAUAUGGUCACUGACAACGAAGAUCUGUUGAUCGAGAUCCUCCUCUGGCUGCCGGCUAAAUCCCUCAUCAGAUUCAAAUUGGUGAGCAAGAAAUGGUUCAAUUUGAUAUCGAGCCAUCAUUUCUCCGAACAGCAUACUCUGCAGCAGCGCCACAGACGCCGUCAUUCAAAGUUGAGGCCUUCCCUCCUCCUCCAUCUCGCAGAGGCAUCAAGCUACUUGUAUCUUCACAGCAGCCCCAAUGGUGAAAAUUUGGUGCCAUAUGCUUUCUCCUCGGCUCUAGCUUCUCCAACUAUUCGGAGCUUCUCCAACGGCCUUUUUCUGCUCCAGUGCCGCAAUGUCGAGAGCCCUUUUGAAGUCUGUCGCGUCUACAAUCCAGCCACAAAGCAGUCCAAGAAGAUCUUGCUCAACGUGGAUCGCAUGUAUAGAAGUGUUUUGGGGCUCAACUUGGUAUUCGAUCCCCUGAAAUCGCCUCAUUACAAGAUUGUUUGCAUCAAGUCUACUCCGAGGAGGUCAUUCAGCCUCUGCCGGAGUUGGUGGAGGCGCUGUCAGAUUGAGGUGUACGAGUCUGAAACGAGCACCUGGAAGGUGUGUGGCGAACCUUUUCUGGCUCCACGUGAACUGCUGUUUGAUCACGGGAUAGAGUGGAAAGACUGCAUCCACUGGUGUGGGGUCUUCUUUGAUCUUCAAGAGUGUAAUAUUGGACAGCAUCCAGAAAUUGUGGUUCCCGGGGAUGCUGAAACGGGGGGUUUUCUCCAGAAAUAUGUAGAGUCGAACGGGUUUUUGCACAAUGUUGCUCACUUCCCCACAAAGAAAUCUGUUAUGGUCUUUGAACUGCAACGUGACUACUCUGAAUGGUCGUUGAAGUAUCACAUUAACCUUGGUGGAGCUUUGGCGCCACUGUCCGUGCUGAGCUACAUCAGGGGAGAUAGCGAAAAGGAAGAAGAUAGCAAGUUGGUGCUUCAUGAACCGGGCAAGAUUAAGUUUUACGCGCUGCAAGAGAAUUGCGUGAAGGGGCUGGUUGAUUUCGAAGGGAAGGAGUUUUACAAAGAGGGACAGGCUCAAUCAACUGUGAACCGUAGUUUUCAAGUCAUUGAAACUCUAGCUUCUGUUUGAUCCGGUAGUUUCAAGGUUAUGUUUUUCAUGUUUCUUGAUCUCACAACAUGGUUAUCUUGUUUAUUUAUGUAUUGGGAAAAUUCUUAAACUCCCAAAGUUUGUGAUUCAUGUCUUGGGCACAACUCAUGAAUAUUACCCAAAACUUAUGUUGUUCAUGGCUGUCA